UUUAGUAAAGCAGCUAUCAAGCAACCAAAACAUGUUCAAAUAUUUUGCUCUCGUUUUCGUGGCCCUCUUCGCCUUCGCUGCUGCCGAGCCUAAGCCCGCUGUUGUCGCACCAUUGGCCUACUCUGCUCCAUUGGUUGCUUCGCCCUACGCCGCCGCCUACGCCUCUCCGUAUGCUGCUUACACUGCUGCGCCUUAUGCCGCCCUCGCUUCACCUUACGCUGCCUACUCCGCUUACCCAUACAGCGCCGCCUAUGUGCUCCGCAAAUGA